AAACAUAUGCGUAGAGAGGAGGCAGACAUACGUCAAUAUAGCUGUUAUUGAAGAACGUGGGCCGCUCUUUCCUUUGUAACCAUUCUGCCCAGCAUCUCAGGGCGAGGGAGAAGAAUAGCAUAUUGUGUUUGAUGCGGCAGCCAUUAAAACAAUCAAAAUAAUUUCAUCACCAUAAUUGUAAACAGAAGUCAAUUUGCCACUGUGAAAUCGUCAAUUUUCAGCUGAAACCCCGAGAUUCACAGGGCUUUAAGGAUUUCAAAUAUUUUUCCAGGGUUUCAAGGUUAUACAUAUAUAUAUCUUUCUCGGAACCUGAAGAUUUACAAGCAUGAAGCCGAGGGAUUUUACGGGGUUUUCGUUUCUGGCGGUUUUGUAUUUGUAUUUGUGUUGUGUGGGAGAGUGUGGGAAAUUGGGGAAAGGGGAUGUAACGAUGCAGGCUUUGCGGUCGAGAACAUCGGAGGCAUACGUGACGCUUCUUUACGGGGAUGAGUUUGUACUGGGCGUGCGAGUCUUGGGUAGGUCCAUCAGAAACACUGGCGCCACCAAAGACAUGGUGGUUCUUGUCUCAGACGGUGUUUCUCCCUACGCCGUACAGCUCUUGCAGGCUGAUGGGUGGAUUGUCGAGCAUAUCCAAUUAUUGGCCAAUCCGAACCAUAAAAGGCCAAAGAGAUUUUGGGGAGUUUACACCAAACUGAAAAUAUUUAACAUGACCAACUAUAAGAAAGUUGUCUACCUUGACGCGGACACCAUUGUCCUUAGAAGCAUUGAGGAUCUUUUUAAAUGCCAAAAGUUUUGUGCAAACUUGAAACACUCAGAAAGGUUGAACUCUGGAGUCAUGGUAGUGGAGCCUUCUAAAUCAGUUUUCAAGGAUAUGAUGACAAAAGUCAACACGUUACCUUCUUACACUGGAGGAGAUCAAGGGUUUCUUAAUUCCUACUAUGCUGAUUUUCCCAAUGCUCAUCUAUUUGAACCAAAUUUAUCAUCAGAAGAAUCUAGACCCGAAGCUUCCAUGGAACGCCUCUCAACGCUGUAUAAUGCAGAUGUUGGUUUAUACAUGCUGGCCAACAAGUGGAUGGUAGAUGCAAAUGAAUUGCGAGUUGUUCAUUACACACUUGGUCCACUUAAACCAUGGGAUUGGUGGACAGCUUGGCUUUUGAAGCCUGUUGAUCUCUGGCAGGAUGUUCGAGUGACAUUGGAGGAAUCUCUCCCAGGAACAGCUGGAGGAAAAGACCCUCAUAGUCAGCUUGUAGUUAAAGUUCUAUUUGUGCUUCCUUUGUUGGUUGCUCUCUUUUAUGGACGCCAUUUUCUAAUUCAGGUGCAACAAGGCCUGCUGUGCAAUGGGUCCUUUUGUGGAUAUGCCAGAUAUCUUUAUUACAAAUUUAAGUCUGGCAGCAGCUUGCCUAUUUAUUCGGCCGUUGGAGCUACUGCAUCAGUUGGUUCAACUUCACAGUAUGCCAAUGGUUUGGGAGGCAUGCCCAACUUCAAUAGGUUACCAUCGUACCUAGGUGUUAUGUCCAUAUUUGUCUGCUUUCUUUCUAUGGCUGUUUCUAUCGGUUUUGCGGCUAUUCUUGUUCCACGACAGGUGAUGCCAUGGACUGGGUUGUCGCUUUUGUAUGAGUGGUCUUUCUUCUUUUUCGUGGUUAUUUUUGGCAAGUAUCUUGACAUUGUUAAUGCAUGGGGAAGAUCAUCUUCUUCUAGUACCUUUGGUGGUGGUUCUGAUUCUUCUCAGUAUGAUUCUGGUAAAGGUCAUCAACGGUACACUUCUACUUGUGAUGCUGCAACAUUUUAUUAUGGACUGGGAAUGGUGGUGUUAGCUAUACUUGCACCCAGCUUGCCAUUCAUUUUUGGAGUUACUGCUCUAUUUCUUCGGUUGGGUCUGAUGAUUGGAGGAGCCCUUAUCUUGGUGGCUUAUAUGACGUAUGCUUCAGAGCAUCUUGCAAUUCGUUCAUUUCUGAAAGGGCGCUAAGACUGAAAUCCAUCUAAUAUAUCUUUGGUUUGGAAGUUAAACAUGGGUUUGUUUACUGUAAAUUUUUGUAUUUGUAUUUUGAAGUCCUAUGAAGCAUGUUUAAUUUAUUUGUAUCGCUAAUUAUGAUUCAUAAUUUUUGCGCAAACUUCUAGCUUAGGAUACAAAAACAUGGGCGUUAUUCAUCUUCAAGUGAUCACUGAAGUUAUCUUCUCGUGAUCACAAAAUUUUACCAUAGUGUUUUUAAGUGGUAUCCAAUAAUGGAUGCAAUUGAAUCUUUUUGUUUUGAGGCAA